AAAAGUCACCUAUCUGAUAUUCAAAAUUGAAUUUAAAAAAGAUUACAUAUUUACAUUUGCUUUCAAAUUUCGAUUAUAGUAGCAACCAAAUUUACUGUUAGCCCAAGACCCAAGGAAACGUCUUAAGAGGAAAAUGCUGAAGCGCUGUGGACGGGAUGGACGCCGCUAUGUGGUCGGAGCCAUUCGCAGCUAUGCCAAGGACAUACGCUUUGGUCCGGAGGCGAGGGGGCUGCUGCUGAAGGGCGUGGAUAUCAUGACCAAUGCAGUGUCCGCCACCCUGGGUCCGAGGGGAAGGAAUGUCUUGAUCGAACAGCUGAUGAUAUCGCCCAGGAUCACCAAGGAUGGGAUCACAGUGGCGAAUAAUGUCCAGCUGGACGAUCGGCGCUGCAACAUGGGGGCCCAGCUGCUGAGAGAAACCACCAGAAACACGAACAACGAAGUGGGCGAUGGCACCACCACGGCCACCAUUCUGGCCAGAGGCAUGGCCAGCCAGGGACUGGAGGUGAUCCGCCAGGGGCAGGUCAAUGUCCACGCGCUAAGGGAGGGCAUGCUCGAAGGAUCGAGGGUGGUGUGCGAUGCGCUCCAGAGCAUGUCCCAGAGAGUCGAUACGAUCGACGAAGUGGUGGCCGUGGCCAGAGUAGCCCUAAAUGGAGACAAGAGACUGUCCGAAAUGAUUGGCCGCGCUAUUCAAGAGCUCGGCGAGGGCGGAGUGUUCCUGCUCAAGGAGUCAAAGAGCCUCAGCGACGAGCUGAAGGUGCAACAGGGUAUCACUCUGCCGGAGGGAUUCGUCUCGCCUCUGUUUGCCUGCCAGGGGAGUGGAAAUCGAGUGGAGUACAGCAAUGUGCUUUUGCUGGCCACCCUGGCCCACGUUGAACGGCUGGAAGAUAUUCUGCCCGCUCUGGAGUUGGCCAAGAGCAGGGAACAACCGCUCCUGAUCAUAGCCACUGAUAUAUCAGAAGAGGUAGUAAAGGCUUUGGUCAUCAAUAAACUGCGGAAUGGCCUCCGAGUAUGCGCCGUCAAGGCUCCCAGCUUCGGGUCAGAGCAGCGGGAUCAGAUGCAGGACUUGGCACUGGCCAUGGGGGCCAAUCUUCUGGAGAACACGACCCGUCUGGCUGCGGUCCAGGGCGAGGACCUUGGCGUUGUAAGCGAGGUCAUUGUCGACUCCAGCUCCACCCACCUUCUACACCCCCGCAUCCACAACGCGGAUCAGGUGCAGGCCAGGGUCCAACAUAUCAGAGCCCUGCUGGAGGAGGCGAUCACCGACGAGGAGGUGGAGAAGCUCAACGAGCGUAUGGGCCGACUCCUUGGCCAUCUGGCCACCAUCUACGUGGGAGGGGCCAACGAUCUGGAGGUCAGCGAGAAGAAGGACCGCCUCAAUGACGCCCUUCAUGCCAUGCAUGGGGCCAUCAGUGAUGGCAUUGUCCCAGGCGGCGGUACUGCCUACCUCAGGUGCAUUCCCGCCCUGGAGUCGCUGCCCCGUUCGGAGAUACCGGACCAUCAAAUCGGCAGAGACAUUGUGGGGAACUCCCUUCGCCUGCCCUGCUACACGAUAGCCCGCAAUGCUGGCGUCAAUCCGGCCGAGGUCAUCCGCCAAGUGCUGGAGGGUAGCGGCAACUUUGGCUAUGACGCGGCCGCCGGGGAGUACUGUGAUCUCAAGCAGCGCGGCAUUGUCGAUCCCACAAGUGCCCUGCGUGCCGCCAUGUCCGAAGCCGCUGGCAUUGCCUCCCUGCUGGCCACAACCGAGGUCCUUAUAACAGAGGAGCGCAUCAGACCAAAGGUGCCACGGAAUCAAGUGACCAAAGAUCUGGCCAGCCUCAUUGGAAUGUAGAAAAAAGCAUCCCACAAAUGCUUUGCUCCGCGCUCCGACGUUUGUCUAAAUUUUAGCAUGUUCUUAAAUGUAGGAAAGGAAAUCAUUUAAAGUAUCGAUUAUUGGUGGUUUCUAGAAAACUUUUCGCCUUAAAA